AUGUCUGAUGACGACCUGGUACAGGUCGGGAAGGCCCUGAGCUCACUCAAAGACAACGAGCGCUUUCACGGGGCCUCCUACUUAGAGGCUCUUGCUACAGCGGGGCACCUUAGCACAACGAAGAGAAGUGUCUCAGAUGAAAGAAGGAGUGCGAAGACUGGCAAUCGGACAGGCCCAGUGCAGCCUCGGACAACCCUGGCAGAUGCCAUAGCUCAACUCAAAGCUGCGAGGACACGCUGCAUUCAGCCAAUUUCUAUUGUGGCAGAUAAAGUGGAGGAUCCACCCAGCAAGCGGCAGAGGACUGAGGAAGGUGCAGCCACAAGGGCUCCAGAUUGCAAGAGCAUCGACCCUUCAACUAGAACGUGGCAGCAUGAUGAGCCUGCACCGGCGAAGCUUGCUGGCGAAGACUGGGAAGAGCACCGCUCGAAAGUGGGACUCCAACUGAUGGGGGAGAUGCCCAGCGCAAAUACUUCAUUGAAUUAUUUCCUCAAGGAUGAGUCCAGGCGGAGCUUUGCUGCCCACUUGGCAAAUCCUUUCGGCCAGCAGUUUUGCGCGUCCUGGUUUGCUAAAGUGCGGGUUGGUACGAAGUGGCUGCAGCCAAACUCAUGGUGGGGACCAAUGCCUCGAAAAACGGCCUGGAUGGUUGCCAAAGGACAUACUUGCACAUACGAGUAUGGUGGAAUGGAAGUGCAGCCAAUAGAGUAUCCUGUUUGGAUGAUUGAACUCAUGCAAAGUGUCAUGCCUCACUGCGGCCUGACGGAAAUCAAGGACAUGCCCAACAGCUGCAACCUGAACCUCUAUGAAGAUGGCAAGCAGAUGGUAGGUUGGCAUGCAGACGACGAAGAGCUUUUUCAAGGCAAAAGCAAGGACUGCAGGAUCAUCUCCUUGUCCUUGGGAGCGUCCCGUCAGUUCGAGUUGGAACUCAACUGGCCUGGACCGGAUGAGUCGAUCGGAGUCGUGCAGACACUUUCUGAUGGUGACAUCUGUACAAUGGAAGGCAUGACGCAGAAGCAUUUCAUGCAUCGUGUGCCUGAGGAAGAGACGCCUGUCGGACCACGUAUCAACUUGACUUGGCGAUGGAUUGCCAAGCCACAGGACUCCUCUAAGAAGCAGGAGGAGAAGGUGCCGUUGCACACGGUGCUCGCAUGCGAGGAUGAGCUGCCUUUGCCGGAUGGAAGGAGACUGCGUGGUGGAAAGCUUGAGAGCCCCGCGGUGCAAUCGACACUGGAGGAUUUGCCAGAUCUCCCGCCUGUCGAUCCUCGAGCAUGGAGGAGGACCCUUGUGUGGCAGCUUGUCACCAUGGUUCUGGCAGCUGUGCUGGCACGCGUAGGCGUUUGGUACCAAGAGGAGGAGUUCGCAAAGCUUGCGAUGAAUGCGACCGGUACAGUCGACACCCCAGGACCGGGUGGUUUCUCUUGA